AUCGAGGCCUUCAUCGAGGAAGAACGCAGCGAGAGGCUGAAGGCGGAAGCUGAGCGCUUGACAUCGCUGCAGAAGCGGCUGCAGGCGCAUGAGGAGCUCACCCUUCAACGGCUCAGCGAGCAACGGGCGCGCUGGGAGACGGAGGUAGAGACGCUGCGUCAGAA